CGUGACGUCACACGUUGCCAGCGGGGCGGGGCUCGUUCACGGAGAAAUCGAAAUAAAGGAUCGUGCAGAAAUUUCCCCCUAAAAUAACUCACUUUUUCACUACAAAUAAGAGGUAAAUCAUCUCUGUGAUGCCGAUUCGCCGAGCAGCAGCAACUCCAUCCCCGGAAAAGGCCCCCUCUGCGGCCGCAGAGAAAGAGCCGGAAGCUUCCCCGGAGGAGUCGCCCUCUGCUGGCGAGGAGCAGGCUGUCUCUUCGGCUGCCGGGGUCGAGGGUGAGGAGGGCGAGACGUCCGGUGGUGCCGAGCCUGCAGAAAAUGGAGAGAAGGCUGAAGAAGCUUCAGCAGAGAAAGAAGGAGAAGAGGUGGAAAAGAAAGAACAAAGUGACAAAUGCAAGGACUGCGCGGCUGGACAGUGUGCAACACACUGCUAUGUUCUCCUACUAAGGAUGAAGGAUGGCUACAAAUAUGAGAAAUCGAAAGCCAAGAAGGUGAAACGGACGAUUCCUGCGUGGGCUAGCAUGGCUGCGAGAAAAAAUAUCCCCGUUACCAACUAUGCAGGCACUCAGAACAAAAUGGAUAACAUCCUCGUGGAAGCUAUAGCGUCUUCUAGCGACAGGUCCGGGCUUUCCUUCCAGUCUGUUGUGAAAUAUAUUUUAAAAAAAUAUCCAGGCAUGGAUCUUAACAAGAAGAAGUUUCUUCUGAAGAAAGCAAUGAAGAAGCACCUGGAGAGGGGCACGAUCAAACAGCUGAAGGGUAAAGGCCUCUCCGGGACCUUUGCAAUUGGAAAGCAGCCUCCAGCAUCUAAGAAAGGUGCUCAGAAGCAGGAGCCUCUGGGAGACGCGCUUCCUCUCAUCAUCACGCGGCUCUGUGAGCCCAAGGAGGCCUCCUACAACCUGAUCAAGAAAUACCUGGAGCAGCACUUCCCCAGCUUCAACAUCGAGAACAGGCCUGAUGUCCUGAAGACGGCCCUGGUGAAGGCGGUGGAGAAAGGACUCUUGGAGCAGAUCACUGGGAAAGGAGCUCGGGGGACUUUCCAGCUGAAGCGCGCCGGCAACAAGAACCUGGUUAAGGGCAGCGUCUUGGAAGACGCCAUCACAGUAGCUAUCACGGCCAUGAACGAGCCCAAGACGUGCAGCACCACGUCUCUACGCAAAUUUCUAGUCGACACCAACAAGGACGUAAGGGAGAACCAGUUGGUUGCCAACCUUAGGAGGACCCUAACGAAGUGUAAAGUGCUGGGCUGGAUGGAGCAGAUCACCGGUCAUGGUUUCACAGGGACCUACCAGCUCUCCUUCCCUUUCUACCCAAGUCCCAACAUCUUGUGCCCAGACAAGUUUAAAGAGCCACCCAAAGGGAGGAAGACAGCUACAUCUUCUGAUGAGGAGGAUGAAGAGUCUGAGGAGGAAGAGGAUGAUGAGUCUGAGGACGAAGCUCCCCGUAAGAGAGCACCUCAGAGAAGGCCUCCACCCAAAGCUCGCCGCCCUCCCCCAUCCAAGAAAUCCCGGAGCACAAGUCAGUCUAAGGCCAAAAGCCGGGGACGCGCGCUCACAAAGAAGUCUCCCGCCAAGAAACCGGCACCUCGGCCCAAGAGCUCAGGACGGAAACAGCCGGCUGCUAAGAAGGAAUCCGCGCCACCCCCUAAAGAGACGCCAGUAAAGAGAGGCACGCCUUCAAGAAAGCCCAAAACACCAGCUCCCAAAAAGCUCUCCAGAAGAGGGGCGAACAGAGCCGCGAGCAGGGAGUCGUCGCCCGAGGAGCCCGCCGUGGAGAAGCAGACGACGAGGAGCGGCGCUAAGCGGAUUAAAGUCGAAGAUUCGUCCCCCGAGGAGCCUCCCGCUAAAAAGCAGGCAACCAAAGGCGGGUCCAGACGGUCGGAGCCCAAGGAGCCGUCCCCUGAGCCGGAGGUCAAAAAAGGGGCAAAAGGGGCAAAAGGCGGCAAGCAGUCGGCGCGAAAGUCCAAGAGAGGGAGGAACUGAACCCAGGAGCACCUUCCACAAACUGGGCUGCGCUGAAUAUGCAGAAGUCUGCCACUUUGUUUCAGUGCUCUGUUUUUACCAUCGUUCUCGCCCCUUUUAAAGGGCAGUAGUUUAUGGGUUUAUGGUAGUUUUUGUUUUGUUUUUUUCCUUUUUCUAUUAUAGAAUAAGAACGUUAACCUACCAGUUGCGUUAGCUGUACUUGGAGGAUUUCUUAAAAUUCCUUUUUAAUCACAAUCCAUAGAGAAGCUUGGUUAGUGUUGCUGUUAAAGCUGCCAGCUCAAGAAGGCAGAGCGAAAUCUGACUUACUGUAAUUAGAGCUGCGUAGCCACUUCUGUUUUUUAUAUGUUCCUCAUUUACUUUUUACCUGCUGGCAGCACACAUUCCUGAUCUCAAAAGAAGUGAAAUAUCUGUGUUGGUUUUAUUUUUGGAGGGGCUGUCCAUUUUUAGGUUAAAUGUGGGUUAAAGAGUUAAAAUGAUUACUAAUGUUAACACUUUAUAAAAGACAGUGGUGAGACUGUUGUCCAGGGUUUUUGCGAUUAAAAUUGCAACACUUUGGCCAUGCAUUAUCAUAUCCAUAUUUAUUCAUUUUAUUUUUCGAUGAUUUUAUUUUUUUAAUGGAAAAAAAAAACCUGGAAAAGCCUGCAGGAUUGAACACACGAAAACAGUCAGUAUUCAAGUCACAUUCAAGAAAAUAUAUCUCGGCGUGUGUGUAAACAAGCAUAUACAGUACAUAAAUGUGUUUUUCUUGCUUUGCAGCAUUAACUCGGUACCAAAUUUAAAAGAAAUGUGUGUUGUGAAUAAGAGUCAGGAGGACGAUAGCUCAUACAUACCCUGCAUGCAUGUAUUCCUUGUGUUGUUCAGCUUCUUUCCAAGUCAUUAAUAAAAUGGCUAUAUUUGUAAACCUGUAGUGAUUAUUAAUCUGCUGUAAUUAAAUUUUGCUUAUCGGAUGUGAUAUGGUCACAGGA